UUUGUUGUCUAACCCCGACAUUAAUUAAUGCUCGUCGUCUGAGCCAAGACACAAGUCUCGUCUUGUCCUAGCAGUUCACUCCCUUGACAUGUUCUCUUCAAGAACAGGUUGCGCAAUGUCUCAAGUCAUUUCAUUGGCUCUUUCAUUGAUCUUACUUGUUGACAACUCUGAAACCGUCACUCUAGAUAGUUUUCAACUGAAAAUAUAUACCUCAGAAAAGUCUGAGAUAAUACAUUUGCAUUCACACUUACAAGAUACUUUCUAUAUCAACAAAUCUGAGUCCAUUCAACUGACAUGUUCGGCUAGUGGUUACUCUAUCUACGUGGCUUUAUUGAAAGACAAUAGAGAAAUCAAACGGGAGUUUGUAAAGGACGGCGUGACGUCAAAUGUAAGUGUCCAGUAUGUCAAGACUCAGAUGGACUGUACAGAUGCCGGCAAAUACACGUGCAGAGCUGGUAACCACAGAGAAUGGCCCAGCAUUACAAAAACAGUCCUUGUUAAAUGUCCAGUACUUCCAAUCAAGUUCCGAAGCUCUAACGUGAACAAAAUGAAAGGUGCGACAGAUCUGGUUUUUGUUUGUGACAAUGAUGAGGACCAGCAAACAUCAUCGCCCAAAAUAUCUAUCAAGAAAUUAGACGGAGCAAUCCUAAAAGCUGAUAGAGCUCCUUCAAUCAACUUCACAUUUCCUCCGCUUAGUUGUCAAGACAUGGGUACUUACUAUUGUGAUACACAGACAUCGAAGAGAAAAAUUGAUCUAUUUGUACAUAAUUGUUCACCUGUACUAAGUCCAACGGAGGCAGUGCUAACAACAAAAAUUGGGAAAUCUCUGACUCUCAGUGUCAAUGUCACUAUGUCCAAGAAAGUCUCUGCAGUGUCAGUCUAUUAUCAAACUCACAAACAGAAGACUAAGUUAUGUGGGCCCAAACUUUGUGUGAAGGAAAAAUUGAACAAGAACUGGAGACGACUGAUAACAAUUAAGAUUGCAAACAUCACAGAUCAAGACAUUGGGAAUCAAACGGUUCAAAUUUGUUCUAGAAAAGGAGCUGAAUUGUUAUGUAGUAAUUUGUCGCUGAAAGUAGUUCUGAGUGAGAACAGACCGAUAAAAACAAAGGCCAAAGUGCCCAGCCUCAAUGUAAAUCAAACUUCAGUCACUCGCCUUUCCACUUCUUUACCAGGGUUCAAAGUUCAAAAAGUUCAUACACACAAAUUUCGGAAAGAAAAGUUGAAGAAAAAAGAAACGAAGAAAAAAGAACAACGUAACAAGUUAAAACAAAAAGAACAAAAGAAAAGAAAAGUUGUUAAUUAGAGUGUCUUCUUCAGGAGCUAGUUCGGUCUUAAUUUUUUUUAUAAGGGCAUUUUAUUUAAUACGUAGUCAUCCACUGUUAACACAUGUUGUUAUGUAUAUUUCAGUAAUACUUAAAUAUCAUUUUAUUUAAAUAAGUGUGUUUAUGAAAUGUUGAUAGGUAGACUGAGAGAGAGAGAGAGAGAGAGAGAGAGAGAGAGAGAGAGAGAAAGGUGGAGAGAGAACGAAAGCGUGAAAGAAAAAAGAACAGUAUUAGAAAUGAGUGGCUAGAUGUUGUGAUCAAUUGACCAAGAAAUUUAGACUGAAGAGAAUUAUUUCAAGUGAUUAGUGAGAAUGUCUUUUUAUUUGUAUAAUUUUAAACACUGCAUGUGUUAUGAACAUGCAUGUUUAUCUAUAGAAUAGCUUGCAGUUAUUUAAAAAAAAUUGUUAUACGUUGCUUAAUAAUGAGUUUCUCUAUUGAGUUACUUCAUUGCAGAGAAUAAAAAAAAAACCCUUGUCAAUCA